AGAGAGGACGCGCAGGAAAAAGGAAGCAGCUGCGUUCACGCUGAAAAGACGUGGCAUUAAAAGCGUUCAGAUCAUAGCUGUCGAUUGUUUAUCAUUAUUUCUUUUUCUUAGAUCGAGAUCAUGGCAUCGGGUGUGGGUAAAUGGGAGGUGGUGAAGAAAGGAAAAAAGACAAAUAACAGCAGCAGCAAUAGUUCCGGAGGUAAAACUCAACAACAGGAGAAGAAAUCCAGCAGGAAAGCGCUGAGGGAGGCCAACCUGUCAUACACUGAUACAAACCAUGUGAUGUCCGAGACUAUUUUCGAAAGCUUUGAGAAGGUGGUGAGCAAACAGAAUAAGGAGCAGGUACCUCCGCCCCCUAAACCUCAGCAGAAACCCAACACGGGGAAACAGACCAAAAAACCUCCUGCCAAUGGAAGCUCGAGCCCGACCCGCUACAGAACACUGGAGGAGGCUGUUAAAGCUUUGGACAUUAGGGAGUUAAAGCAGCAGUUGGAGAAAAGUCAAAAUCUCUUUCCUGAGAAUCCGUCUGUCUGGGUGAAAGAUCUCGCUGGAUACCUAAACUACAAACUGCCAGCACCAGACACAGAACCGACACUCAGCAGCUACACAUAUGAUUACCCAUACUGCCUUGCUAGUAAGGAGUUAAAGGCCGUUAUUAAAAACCUGAUGAGCAAAUGUUCAGAUUCACUGGGAGAAUUCUUCGAUCACUGCGUUUACACAAUGCUCAGAGAGCUGGACAGACAGCCAGGUGAAUCUCUGCAUGGCUACAGGAUGUGUAUUCAAGCCAUCAUGCAGGACAAACCCAAAAUAGCGGCACUGAACCUUGCAGAUGUGCGUCAUCUGGAGCUCCUGCGGUCACAUCAGCACCGGCCGGUUAAAUGUCUGACCAUCAUGUGGGCUCUGGGGCAGGCGGGAUUCUACGAUCUCAGUCAGGGUAUCAAAGUUUGGUUGGGCAUCAUGCUUCCUGUUCUCGGGAUCAAAUCACUCUCUGCAUACGCCAUUGCAUAUCUGGAACGACUCCUCACUCUUCAUGCCAACCUGACCAAAGGAUUCGGUAUUAUGGGACCAAAGGAGUUCUUCCCUCUGCUGGACUUCGCUUACAUGCCCAAAAAUGCCCUGACACCAAGUCUUCAGGAGCAGUUGUGUCGACUCUACCCACGACUUAAGGUUCUAGCAUUCGGAGCCAAGCCUGAAUUGACUCUUCACACCUUUUUCCCUUCGUUCCUGUCACGAGCUACGCCGAACUGCCCCGAUACCAUGAAGACCGAGCUUCUCAACAGUCUCUCCGAGUGUUUGUCUGUAGACAGCCAGAGUUUGAGUGUUUGGAGGCAGUUAUACACCAAACACCUGCCUCAAUCCAGUCUGUUGUUGGAUCAUCUGUUGAGGUCUUGGAAAACACUUUCACCAAAGUUAAGGAAAAACCUUCAGGACACAAUUCAGUCAUUCAGUGUGACGAAUGAGGAGCUGCAGACGAGCACAAAGACGCAGGAGAUCCAGGACUGUAACUCGCUCUGUCAGUCUCUGCAGUCAAAGAUGCGUGGUCAGGGUUUCCCGUGGUGGCGUGUGUUGUUGAUGUUGUUGGUGUUUGUGGUUGGCUUUGUUGUGCAUGAUGUCAGAACGCAAGGGUCAUUUGCAGAUUCCACCACAGCACUGUACCUGGAGAGGUCAGGGGUCACGGGCGUAUCGAAGCAGGCCUGGAGCAAAGUAUCUCACUACAGUCAACAGGGUGUCGGCUGGUUGGGUGAAAACACACCAUAUUAUUACUCUCGUGCGGUGGAGACCGUAGGGCCGCUGCUUGAGGACGGACAGGAAAAGAUCAAGGUCGCUGUCGUCUUCGUUGCACAAAAGAGCUCUGAACUUCUAACGUGGUUGCGUGAAAAUGUGCCUCUGCUGAUUGAAUGGAUCAACUCAAACACUCCCGACAGUGUGUUUCACUUUAUCCAGUAUGUGAAGGAGUUUUUGCUGUAUAUUCACGAGCAGUUCAUCGUCCCGUCACUGCAGUAUCUGUGUGCGGCAUUUCAAUACACGUGGCAGAGCUUACAGGAUUCGUGCAAUGGUGAGGUGACGCUGCACUGCUUACAGGAUCACCUGAGGACUUUCACGAACAUCACCUGGAUUUACCUACAGGACGCCACGUCUGCAAUGAAGAGUCGAGCGCAGGAGCUUCUGUCCCGGGUGUGAUGCACACAGAUCUUCUUCAUCCCCUGUUCACAUUCACACUUUUAUUCUUUUGUCAUUUUGCAUGAAGUUUUAUAUCUGUUGUCCAGACAGUUUUGUCUUUUAUGCAGAUAGCUAUUUUUCAUGUCUUGAUUUUACACAGUUGUCAAACCAGAGAGCAAUGAGAAGAGGCAUGUUAUUUAACACACGUGUGUGUGUGUGUGUGUAUGUAUGUGAAGUAUUAAUAUAAACAGGUGGUUAAACUCUUGUAAUGGUCAGAGAAGACAGAUAAUUAAUGACUACUGCUGCUGUUUACGCAACACUGAAUAGUAAUCAAAUUCCCUGUAUGUGAUCAACUUGAUUUUAUUCGUCUCGUAUAGAUCAACUCUUUAGUUCAACAUCAGUCGAGUUUAAACCGAACCCAUGUCCUCUGUUUUAGGACUUCUCUGUGUUUACAAUCAUCUGGGUUUGUCAGAGAUUCAAAUCUGAAUCAAUGCUGGACUCAGAAUAACAGGGUUGCUAUGGAGACCACGUCAUAUUAAAAUGCAAUGUAUCGUGUGUUCUGUCUGAUGAGCUGAUUUGUUACUUUAUAAAUGAUUUAUAAAUAAAUAUGCCAAUUCUGUUCA